AUGAAUGAGAUUUUACAACUUUAUGAAAUAUUGGGAGCACAAAGGAGAGUUCCAAGAAUGCCUCCCAUGAAGAGGGAUCUUCUAUUUUGGAUGGAGGAACCGAAGGCUUUUGUGCAUGCGACUGAUAAAGUUAUAGUAAUUAAAGAAAAACAUCCGAAAGCAGAAUUGCAUUUUUUAGUUUUGCCAAAGAAAGACAUACCUUCAAUCAAAGAUGUUAAAGCGCAAGAUCUGGAUCUUUUGACAGUAAUGGAUGAUGUUGGCAGGUUUAUUUCUUUAGUAUAUGGGGGAGGAAAAAAAUUUUGGUUCGGAUACCAUGCUUUCCAGUUGCAGCAGAGACUCCACUUGCACGUCAUCAGCCACGACCUCUGCGGCACUGGUAUGAACACCAUUUGGCAUUGGAACUCCUUCACUACAAGAUUCUUUUUAAGAUCUGAAGAAGUGAUCAAACACCUCUCUAAGAGGGGCUUCGUGAAGCUGCCGUCGCUGAGACAGUGCCUGGGCUGGCUAAACGGGCCUAUACUCUGCCACUUUUGCACUUACAACCCCAGCGAUGUCUACAUCCUCAAGGACCAUGUCAAGGAACACUUCAACGGCACCGACUUCUUCCACUCCUCGGUCAGGAAGAAGGGAAUGAGGUCACAAUCCUUCAGCAGCAGUAGCUCCCUAAGAGUGUCUUCCCGCCUUACCAGGUCAAAGUCUGCCAAUUCCACCAGCAAAGGAUACCUUCCAUCCAAAACCAAGAGCAAGAGCAGGUACAAGGCCAAAGAUAAAUACAAUGUGGCUCUCAAGUUCUCCUUCCGUUGA